CUCUCUUUUUCCUCUCACUGCCUUCCAUUUCCGCUGCUCAUAAACCCUAACUUCCUCACUUCUCAAUUUCUUCCUCGAUUGUUAGCAAUGGAGUUCUGGGGAGUUGAAGUUGAAGCAGGGAAGCCACUUAAAGUGACGCCUAAAGAAGACACUCUUGUCCACAUCUCUCAUGCAUCGCUUGGGGAUUGUAAAAACAAGAAGGGAGAUACUGUGCCUUUGUAUGUGAAAGUUGGGGACAAGAAAUUUGUUCUUGGUACUCUUGUGUCUGGGAGCAUUCCUCAGACUAGCUUUGAUAUGAUAUUUGAGAAGGAAUUUGAGCUUUCUCACAACUGGGGAAAAGGAAGUGUCCACUUUGUUGGUUUCAAAUCUCACAACAUUGAAGAUUAUGAGGGAGGAGAAGACUUUUCUGAUUCAGAGGAAGAAGUGGAAGAGGAAGAGGAAGAGGAAGUUCCUGCCUUGGUUACCGCUAAUGGCAAUGCUGCCAAGGCCGUAGCAAAACCAAAGGGCAAGCCUGCAGAAGUGAAAAAGAAUGCGAAGCCUGAAGCAGAUGAUGAUGAUGCUGAAGAGGAUGAAUCCGAUUCUGAUGAAGGAAUGGAUGUUGAUGAAGACGAUUCUGAUGAUGAAGAUAAUUCAGAGGAAGAAAAAGAGGAGACACCUAAGAAGCCUGAAUCAAGCAAGAAGAGAGCAAAUGAAGCAGCUCCCAAAACACCUGUGUCUGCAAAGAAGGCUAAAGCUGAAGUUACUCCUAAGAAAACAGAGGAGAAGAAGAAAGGUGGACACACCGCAACGCCCCACCCGGCAAAGAAAGGUGGGAAAACUCCUACAACUGCAACCCAGAGCCCCAAGUCAGCAACUCAAGUCUCCUGUGGUUCAUGCAAGAAGACAUUCAAUUCAGGGAAUGCACUUGAGUCUCAUAACAAGGCCAAGCACUCUGCUAAGUGAAGUGGUUUCUUAAAGCUAUCAACUUCCUCUGUUUUGGGUUUUGAGUAGGAAGAUUAUGAUAAUUUUGGAAUUUUGCCUGUAGUCUUUAUGAACCUUCGGAUGUCUGUCUCCUUUUUUCUUAAACGGGUCUUUAUCAAAAACAGAGCAACUUGGUGAAGUAUUACACUUUCAUUUAUACA